GCGGCGGCGGCGGCGGCGGCAGCGGCGGCAGCGGCGGCUCGGCCAGUACUCCCGGCCCCCGCCAUUUCGGACUGGGAGCGAGCGCGGCGCAGGGACUGAAGGCAGCGGCGGGGGCCAGAGGCUCGGCGGCUCCCAGGCCUGCUGAAAAUGACUGAAUAUAAACUUGUGGUAGUUGGAGCUGGUGGCGUAGGCAAGAGUGCCUUGACGAUACAGCUAAUUCAGAAUCACUUUGUGGAUGAAUAUGAUCCUACGAUAGAGGAUUCCUACAGGAAACAAGUAGUAAUUGAUGGAGAAACCUGUCUCUUGGAUAUUCUCGACACAGCAGGUCAAGAGGAGUACAGUGCAAUGAGGGACCAGUACAUGAGGACUGGGGAGGGCUUUCUUUGUGUAUUUGCCAUAAAUAAUACUAAAUCAUUUGAAGAUAUUCACCAUUAUAGAGAACAAAUAAAAAGAGUUAAAGACUCUGAAGAUGUACCUAUGGUUCUAGUAGGAAAUAAAUGUGAUUUGCCUUCUAGAACAGUAGACACAAAACAGGCUCAGGACUUAGCAAGAAGUUACGGAAUUCCUUUUAUUGAAACAUCAGCAAAGACAAGACAGAGAGUGGAGGAUGCUUUUUAUACAUUGGUGAGAGAGAUCCGACAAUACAGAUUGAAAAAAAUCAGCAAAGAAGAAAAGACUCCUGGCUGUGUGAAAAUUAAAAAAUGCAUUGUAAUGUAAUCUGGGUGUUGACGAUGCCUUCUAUACAUUAGUUCGAGAAAUUCGAAAACAUAAAGAAAAGAUGAGCAAAGAUGGUAAAAAGAAGAAAAAGAAGUCAAAGACAAAGUGUAUAAUUAUGUAAAUACAAUUUGUACUUUUUUCUUAAGGCAUACUUAAGUAAAAGUGGUAAUUUUUGUAUAUUACACUAAAUUAUUAGCAUUUGUUUUAGCAUUAUCUAAUUUUCUUUCUGCUCCAUCCAUACUGUUAGCUUUUAUCUUGAAUGCUUAUUUUAAAAUGACAGUGGAAACUUUUUUCCUCUAAGUGCCAGUAUUCCCUGCGUUUUGGUUUUUGAACUAGCAAUGCCUGUGAAAAAGAAACUGAACACCCAAGAUUUCUGACUUGGGGUUUUUGGUGCAUGCAGUUGAUUACUUCCUAUUUUUCUUAUCAAUUGUGAACUUUAGUGUGAAACAAAUUAAUGAGGCUUUCAAAUCAUCCCUAUUGUAUUAUUUUAUCUAGUCACAUACAUGGAUUAAUUACUAAUUAUAACUUCAUUUGAGAUUUCAUGAUUGGUUUUACUGAAACAUCAAGAGAACAUGAAUUUAUGGGCUUCCUGUAGUUUCAUCUUGUAGGUAUCAUUGUCCUAUAGUUUCAGUUACCUUUAAUGAAUGUAAAGUUACACUGUUCACAAAGGUUUUCUUAUUUCCACUGCUAUUUGUCAAUGGUCACGUUCCCCAAAAUACUAUAUUUUUUCUAUAAAAAGGGAAAAAAAAUGGAAAAAAAUACAAGGCAAUGGAUAAUAUUAAAAGGCCACUUACUUUCCACAUUAGGUAAAUUCCUAUAAUGCUCUGAAUAGCUUUUUGUUAAGGCAGACCCAGUAGGUAAUGAGGAUUAGAACAAGCAUUUUGGGACUAUAUUUACAUGCUUUAAAUUUUUGUAAUAAUUGAAAAAAUUUUAACAUGUAUAAAGAAUUCUCAUAGGAAUUAAAUAUAGUCUCCCUGUGUCAGAUUGCUCUUUCUUAGCAUAAAUCUUUUUCUUGAAUUUCAAUCUUUGAAAGUAGUUUUAAUUCUACUGGUAGUGAUGUAAAAGAUUAAUUGGGCCAGUUAGCUUGGUAGGUGUUACAGAGACCAGGGUGGCAAAGCCGGGCCUUGUGUGAACCUUUAAGCUACAUGGAGAGUUUCACAGUGUGGACUGCAUCCCUGUGGUCUUCCAUUGUUGUCAUGCCUUGGAUGGUCAAAAACAGGGACUUGCAGAGAGACUGAAUAGCUCAGCAAGGUACAUUCUCAUUAUGUCAUAGUCCUACUCAGGAACAUCACUUUUUUAAAACAAAAAACCCAAAAAAACAGAACUUAAAAAAAAAACAAACAUUAUUUUAAAUGAGAUUUUAGGUGGGGUGGCAAGAUUUAAAAUUUUUUUAAACGAUGAAAUGAAAAAGUUUCAAAAUCUUGAGUAUUGGCUAGUUCUCUUAAUGCUGGCUAAAGUAACAUUUCGUAAACACUUCAGUACAGUCUGGUCCAUUAUUAAGAAUAUCUAAUGCUUAUACAAUAGAUAAAGUAAUGCUAACAAAAUGAUUCUUUGAAUGCAUUUAAAAUGUUAACUUAUUUUAAAAUAUUUGAACUGAGAUAGUGUGUUGAGGUGAAAGUAUCACUGGACAAGGAGGAAGGUGACUUACAUUCUAAGUUAUAUGUCUUUGAUUUUGGACAAAUCACUUACUAGCCAUUUCUUCAUUUCUAAAGAAGUCAUCUCAAAGGCUGUAUCUAGCUUUAUAACUAUGUGAUUUACAUUCAGUUUACAUAAGGAUUUACCUAUUUGUCAGUCUCAGCACCAUCUGUAACUUUUUACCUGUGUUAUCAUCUUCAGUGCCAGUCUUGGGCAAAAUUGUGCAAGAGGUGAAGUUUAUUUUUAAAUAUCGUUCUCUGCUUCCAGGACUUCUCCCAUAUUAGUGUUGUCUUGCCUGCCUACCUUACCCUUCUCUAUGUCCCAUGACUUGAUGUUUUUUCUUUUAAUAUUUCACAUUUCUCUGAUCUCAAGAUUUAUUGCUGCUUUGGAUAUCUCCAUGAUAGCCUCCCAUCAAAUCAUAUCAAAAUGUCCUAUAUCAUAAAAUUCCUCAGGCUCAACAUAAUCUGAUAGAUACUAUAAUGGGAUUUGACCUAAUAGCUAAUUUUCAGGUUGUGGCUGUAACAAUUUAAUAUUGAUCCUCUGAACAUCAUCUCUUUGCUGCCUGGUCCAUCAGUGACAAAGUAGGAGUUUUCAUACCUGCACUGAAUAGUUAGAACCCUAUCCCGUGGAAGGAGAAUUUAAUAAAAGUACUGCUGAGAGAAUUCCUUAUGUAAUUUACUAGGACUAGCCCUGCUAAUAGUGAUACAUUCCGUUGUUUUAAAAACUAAAAUCUUACCAUGAAAGAUACUUUAAAAUUGAAUUCAUGUCUUACUCUUUAGCAGAAGUUGUUUAUUCAGCAAAUAUUUGAGUGCCUACUAGAUGCCAGGCACUCCCCAAGGCGCUGGGGUAUUAGAGUACCCAAACAUGGGACAUAAGGCCUGUCCUUAAGUAGUGUUUAUUUCUAGAGGGUCUGUAUCUCAGAGAGGCAUCUGACUUGUGACCCAGAUACAACAUAACGCAUAUUGUAAUCCUGCAAAAAAAUUAUCUGGUCUCUAAGCAUAGUUUCUUCCAGUUCUAAAAUAACUGUUUUGCUCUUAUUCCAGUUUAGCUGUUUAGUCAAGCUUUUUUAAUUAAAUCAGUUUACUUCAGUGUUUUAGAGGAUUAAAUCUGAUUUUUUUUUAAUUUGGCAUAAUUAUGUGAUUCUGUUGAGACAGUUAUAGUACAAAUUAAGUUGUAUGUCAGAUAAUGUUAAAAUCCCCCUGUGUGUAGUGUGGUCUUUUUGUAUAAGUAAUUAUAAUAGAUGUUAAAAAUUAAAUAUUAAAUUCUAAAACAGCUGUUUCUUCUGGGUAAAAAUAAACAGAUGCCUGAGCUAAUUCCCAGAAAAGGAAACUUCUAUGUAAAAAUCAACAUGGUUUCUGAGAUGCUAUAUUAAACUACAGGCUUUUGGAACAUUACGUAGGGAGUUAAGACUUGUUUUAGUACCUCCUCUUGUUUCUAAACAAGAGAAAGAAAUGGCCAUACUUCAGGAAUUGCAGUGUAUAACUGAGGUGACUUUUAGGACUCUUGAAUUUUUGAUGUAGCUGGGCAACUUUUUUAUGGCAGUGGUAAUUAUCCUUUAUUAUGUGAAUUUUGAAUGGUUAAAUAAAAUGUUUGUUUUUGUAGAGAUUUUAAAAGGGGAGAGAUAAUCCUAGAAAUAACAUAAAUGUUAUCUAAUUACAGCCUUAAAGAUAAAAAUCCUUGUUGAAGUUGGAAAAAACUGCUAAAUUACAUAGUUUUAGACAUUAACGUUUGUGGAAGAAUGUAGCAGAAGUAUGUAGUAAAAUUUGAGUGAGUAUCUCCACUUAGGAAUUCUAGGCUCUAUUUUAACUGAGUCACACUGCAUAGGAAUUAGAACCUAACUUUUAUAGGUUAUCAAAAUCUUGGCCACCAUUGCACAAUUUUGUCUUAAAAUAUAUGGAAACUUUGUGAGGCAUGUUAAGUUGCAGUUUGCACAAGUUCAUCUCAUUUGUAUUCCAGUGAUUUUUUUUUUUUCCCUAACCAUUUUUCCUAAACAUAUACACAUUUAGGUUUCUUUGUAGGCAGUAAAAACUACCUGCCCUUUCCAUCUGUCAAAAAAGUAAUAAUUUAUUAUUUUGUAUUAAUGAUUUUUAACAACCCAUUAGUAACUUUAAAGCUGAAUUUAUAUUUAAUAACUUUGUUGUUGAUAUUGGGUAGCAUGAAAUCUGCAUUGAAAAAUUCAACAGCAUAUAACUGGUAGCUGUAAAUUCCUUCAGAAAUGAAAUUUCUUUCUUUCUAGAGAUAUAUUCACAUCAGUUCCUAAAGAUGAGUCAUAACUAGUAAUACUUGUUUUAAUAGUUUUAAGUGCCUGUUUGGGAUGAUAAUAGGCAAUUUUAGGUGAAUUUAUGAAAAAAAAAAGUUAUUACCUGCAGAAAUGUCAAUUAUAGACAGUCCCCUUCCCUAUAGAGCUAAAUGGGUUAUGUAAUGUUUUAUUCAGAAGUUUCCAAUUCCACUGUCUUGUGUUUUCAUGUUGAAAAUACUUUUGCAGUUUUCCUUUGAGUGCCAAUUUCUUACUAGUACUAUUUCUUAAUGUAACAUGUUUACCUGGAAUGUAUUUUAACUAUUUUUGUAUAGUGUAAACUGAACAUGCACAUUUUGUACAUUGUGCUUUCUUUUUGUGGGACAUAUGCAGUGUGAUCCAGUUGUUUUCCAUCGUUUGGUUGCGCUGACCUAGGAAUGUUGGUCAUGUCAAACAUUAAAUUUAAAAAUGACCACUCUUUUAAUUAAAAUUAACUUUUAAAUGUUUAUAGGAGUAUGUGCUGUGAAGUGAUCUGAAAUUUGUAAUAUUUUUGUCAUGAACUGUACUGCUCCUAAUUAUUGUAAUGUAAUAAAAAUAGUUAUGGUGACUAUCA